UGUACAUGUAGAAAACGUACAUUUAGGAGACGUACUGCAAAUGUAUAUUUGAUAUAAACUGUCAAAUUUACUGAAAACAAAAAGGUCAGCAGUAUAGAAUGGCUGCUUUGGGGUCACCUAUAAAUGCAUCAAACUGUAUACAGACGUAUGAGAGAUUGGAAGUUGGAAGUAAAACGGACUUUAGCCGCAGUUAUGAUACUUUACAAAAUGCUCAGAUCAUAGAUAUCUCUAAGGGAAUAAGCGAAUAUAGCAAGGUAAUUGAAGAUAUUCCAGGUUAUGAAACGUUAAUUAGUGAACGUGAACAAGACAAGUCAUAUGAUAUCUUGAAAAAAUCACAAAUUGGAGACAAUUCCCAAACACAAAGCGGUGAAAGCAUAGCACGUAGACAAGAAGAACCUAUUUUAGAAAUAAACACAAUAUGUAUUGGCCAUGAGUCAAAUAAGUCGAACCAUUCUUAUGGAAGGCAUUUAUAUGACAUGGAAAAUAUUGAUGUUGAACAAGAACGAAGUUAUGCGUAUGCUUCAUUUCCAAGUAACUCUCAAAAUAAGAAAGAAAAGAAUGAUAAAACUGAAAAAUAUCCGACUAGAAAGGAAAUUGCAUCUUUUCUGAUAGGCUUUGUGCUUGGUGGUGUAAUGCUGGCAAUAAUAGUAUUUGCUGCACUCAGAAAUCAAAAUCAAGAUGAAGAUAAUAAAUGUAAUGGGAACAGUAUAUUUCCAGGCAAUCAUGCCGGUGUAGUGAUCAUCAAGCCUUGAGAUUAGGAGAUGGUAAUAUUAGCAUGAUAAGUGUACAUAUUACUGGUGUUUAUUUUUCAUUAGAGAAGGACUUUCAAAACAAGAUCGUCCUGAACAUACUGGUUCAAAAACAUGUGUUCCAAGUUUUAAGGACAACAAAUUAUUGAAUUCGAAAAGGUCAUUAUGUUAUAAUUUGAAAAUGACAGAUGUUACCUUAGCUGUAUUUGGCAAAACUUUUAGUAAUUUUGUUCCUCAAUGCUCUUCAACUUCGUAAUGUAUUUGACCUUUCUAACUUGUUUGGAUUCGAGCGUCACUGAUGAGUCUUAAGAAGUCUGGCGUAUAUACAAAAUUUAGUCCUGGUAUCUAUGAUGAGUGUAUUUCCGUAAUUGUGACAGAAGUAAUAGUGAUUUAUUUUUAGUGUAAACAGUCCGCAUAAACCAGUUUCAAGCCAGAUAAUUUCGAAUUUGAUUGUCCAAACUAUUCAAUCAGCAUAAAAUGACAGGAAAAGGUCUGUUAAAGCUUAUAGUACAAGAGCUAUUUUCCCUUCGUAACCACUGUUUCAAUUUCGUCUAUGAAAUCCAUCAUGGAGGCAGCAGACUGGAGUAGAGAGUCUACUUUCACGAAAUGAAUGAGGAACCUAGAACUGAGCAUUUUAUAUUAAUUGAAAAAAGAAAGACAAAAUAUAUAGAAAUAAACAAACAAUAUUGCAUAUUUAUGUAUAUGUAUGUAUUUAUAUAUUACGGAUCACAAACGUAUCGAGUUUGACGAUUGGAUAACAACAUAGAGAUGUCAGUAUAACUGCCGGAGUAUAUAAGACGUAUUUAUCCCCAAUUGGUACCAAAUAAACGGCCUUAUAACAGCUAUUACUAUGUGACGUAGUCAAAAGCUAUACAUAACACUAAGGAAUGUUAUAGGCUCACAGAGAGAAAAUAUUGACGUGCAUGCACCAACAAUACAUUUUAAAUACAAAACCACGCAAUAUACACUUCAAUUACUCAGAUGUUCAGUUUUAAAGUGUUAUUAUGAAUUAGUCCAUACACGAUCAAAUUAUUUUCACUGCAAAUUACAAAAUCCUUCACGUUUGCAGAACAUCUCAGGUUGUAUUUCCAUAAAAAAAAAACACUUACAAACAAACACAAAACAUGAACUAUAAACACUUUAUUGAAAACAUCUUCUUAACGGAAAAAAGAAUUGUCAAUAUAAAA